GAGCUUCCCGGGCCAGAGAAGUUCCGGUCUCCGCUGAACCAUUUUCCGUCCAAAAGAGAGGACGUACCCGGAUGCAGUAGCAUGGCGGAGGGGGGCUCCGGACGGCGCGUGUUGCGCUUGCUGUGUCUCCAUGGUUACCGCCAGGACGGCAGAAGCUUCCGGGCGCGCUGCGGGGCCCUGCGGAAAGCCUUGCGCGGGCGCGCCGAGCUGCUAAUGGUGGAUGCACCUCACGUGGUAGCCGCCCAGCCAGGGGAGGCCAACUUGUUGGAGCUGUCGGAAGGCAGCGCUCGUGGCUGGUGGUUUUCCAACCCCCAGGAGGGGACGUUCAGCGCUUUGGAGGAAACUUUAUCUUGCAAAGGACUGGAGGAAUCAUUGGAGGCUGUGGCUGCGGCAUGCCGAGAACACAGCCCCAUUGAUGGGCUGGUGGGCUUUAGCCAGGGAGCAGCGCUGGCUGGCAUCAUUUGUGCCCUGAAGCAACGUGGCGAUCCCUGCUUCCAGUUUGACUUUGCCAUUCUGAUUGCUGGCUUCAUAAGCAGGGCCCUUGAUCACCAGAACUACUAUCAGGAACCCAUCCGGGUGCCCAGCCUCCACGUCCUAGGAGAGACGGACCGCGUCAUCCCUGCUGAGAUGAGCCAGGAACUUGCCUCCCACUUUACUGAACCUCUAUUCCUCACCCACCCGGGGGGGCACUUCGUCCCUGUGUCUGCAGCCCAGAAAAAAACCUACCUGGAUUUCCUGGAUCAAUUUGGGAAGUAACUAGCUGGAGUGGAAGGUUGGUUGGUUGGUUUGAUACCUUCAAUUAGUUGUGCGAAUUCCAGAAAGAGACAAUAAGGUGUAGAGAGAAGGUUGCAACCCUGAUCUCAGUGCUCAGGAGGUUCAGCAUGCCUCGUUCUAGACCAUUGCUUCCUGUCCAGUCGGCCUUUGGCCUUUGUGUGACAUGACUGUAUGUCAUGGAAUCAGUAAAUGUAGUCCCACUUUUAAAAGUCAUAUAUCCAUUAAUGGGCCCCUUGUAGGUGAUUUGUUUAUUACCUUCAUUUUUCGUCUACUUUUCUUGUUCAAACCCAAAACAGAUUACAGAAUUAAAACAAUGCAGCAGGAACAAUGAUAACAUUGAAUAAAAGUGGAUUAUUAGAAAACUGUGCACUGCAAACAGUAUAGUACAUACAAUAAAGCAGAAUGGUUUUUUAAAAA